AUGCCAGGUGUGGAUAACAUACAACGUUUGAGUUACGUCUCAUUCAUAACAACCGAUUACGACAAGUUUUUGCAACUGUACAAAUUUUACUCCAAUUUGGGCUUUAGGUUAACCAAGAACUUUUCAAGGGUGACGACAGAUGGAGCUUCUGGGGCAUUCAAACCACAAAUGCAACUUGGAGUGUCUAAGGAUUCCUUGAGGGAAGUAUGGCUUGAGUCGUACCCCUUGCAAGAAUUGGAUGAUAAUGGAAACUUGCGCCCUUGGCAAGAAAUGAAAGUUUACACCGGUGAUGAUGGAGAGAGAUUGACCGAUUCCACUGUUAUUAAGAUUAGAUUGUCCAACGAAGAGCAAAUAAAAGCAACUGUGAAGAAAUUCCUUUUCUUCAGUACCGAUUUGAAGCAGGUGGAGAAGUUAUUGAAAGACGCCAAUGUUGAAAUAAAGACAGUGGGUGAUCACACUUUUCACGUUAAAGAUCCAUUGGGAAACUUUUUGCAAUUUUCAAACACCAAGAACGUGUUGGAUACGAAGCAAUAUCAUUCACCACAAGAAUACAUCAAAGUUGCCGAGGCCACAAUUUUGAAAAAUACGCACAAGACACAGCUCAAGUCAGAAAUUGAUCUAGUAAUUGACAAAGAAGAAGCCUUUGUUGAAGGUGGUAAGAAAAAGAAAAUUGCUGUCAUGACUUCGGGUGGUGAUGCUCCGGGAAUGAACCCUGCAGUAAGAGCCGUUGUGCGUGCUGGUAUCUACUAUGGGUGUGAUGUGUAUGCCGUAUAUGAGGGAUAUCUGGGUUUAGUCAAAGGUGGUGACUUGUUGAAGAAAAUGGAUUGGUCGGAUGUUCGUUCGUUUUUGUCUCUUGGUGGUACCGCUAUUGGUACUGCAAGAUGCAAAGAAUUUAGAGAGCGCGAGGGUAGAUUACAAGCUGCAUACAAUAUGGUUGUCAAUGGUAUUGAUGCAUUGGUUGUGAUUGGUGGUGACGGAUCCUUGACAGGUGCCGAUUUGUUUAGAAGUGAAUGGCCAUCAUUGAUUGACGAAUUGGUUAAAACCGGGAAAUUAACCGAGGACCAAGUCAAGCCAUACCAACAUCUUACCAUUGUUGGUUUAGUUGGUUCUAUAGAUAAUGACAUGUCAGGAACUGAUGUCACAAUCGGUGCUUAUUCAGCAUUGGAGAGAAUCACCGAAAUGGUUGACUAUAUUGAUGCAACUGCCUCCUCACAUUCCAGAGCCUUUGUUGUUGAGGUGAUGGGUAGACACUGUGGCUGGUUAGCUCUUUUAUCAGGAAUGGCCACUGGAGCCGACUAUGUUUUGAUUCCCGAAAGACCUCCUAAAGCUGGUGAAUGGAAGCAGGAUUUGAAAGACAUUUGUACGAGGCAUAGGGAAUACGGAAGAAGAAAGACUACUGUCAUUGUCGCUGAAGGAGCAAUUGACGAUGAAUUGAACCCGAUUACCUCAGAGGAAGUGAAGCUGGUGUUGGUGGAUAUUGGUUUGGAUACAAGAAUCACUAUCUUGGGACACGUGCAAAGAGGGGGUACUGCGGUCGCCACCGAUAGAAGAUUGGCAACAUUGCAAGGUGUCGAAGCAGUCAAAGCAGUAUUGGAAAUGACUCCCGACACUCCAUCGCCAAUGAUUGGUGUCUUAAGACACAAACUUGUUCGUUAUCCAUUAGUGGAUGCGGUUAGGCAAACCAAGGCAGUUGCCACUGCAAUUGAAAAUAAAGACUUUGAUAAAGCAAUGGGUUUAAGAGAUGCAAAUUUUGCUGAAUCGUACAAGUAUUUCCAAUCGAUUACAACAUUUGAUGAUGGUUCAAGACAAUUGGAAGAAGAUAGAAGAUUGAAUAUCGCUGUCGUACAUGUUGGUGCCGCAUCUGCUGGAUUAAAUGCCGCCACCAGAGCUAUUGCUUUGCAAAGCAUUUCAAGAGGACACACAUUGUAUGCCGUAGCCGAUGGGUUCUCCGGUUUGGUGAAGGGCCAGUUGAGAAAAUUGAGUUGGUUGGAUGUUGAAGGAUGGCAUAGCAGAGGUGGAAGUGAAAUUGGAACCAAUCGUUCAUUGCCAUCGCAAGACUUUGGUGAAGUUGCCUACCAUUUGCAGAAGUACAACAUACAAGGGUUGUUGAUCAUUGGUGGGUUUGAAGCAUUUACUUCCUUGCAUGAAUUACACGAUCAAAGAGACAACUACCCAAUCUUCAAGAUUCCAAUGGUUGUCAUUCCAGCAACUAUUUCCAACAACGUUCCCGGAACUGAAUACUCUUUAGGAUCAGAUACGUGUAUGAAUGAGUUGGUUUCUUAUUGUGACGCCGUUCAACAAUCAGCAUCAUCCAGUCGUAGAAGAGUGUUUGUUGUUGAAGUGCAAGGAGGUCACUCUGGUUUUGUUGCUGCUUACUGUGGAUUGAUCACGGGUGCAUUAGCUACUUAUACACCUGAAACAAAGAUUACAUUGAAGGAAUUACAACGCGAUAUCAAUCUUUUGUUUAAAGUUUUCCAAAGUGAUCGUGGAGAGGACCAUAACGGUAAAUUGAUUAUCCGUAAUGAGCAAGCGUCAAGUGUUUACACCACUGAAUUGAUUGCUGAUAUCAUCAAGGAAAAUGCCAAAAAGAGGUUUGAAACACGUACAGCUAUACCUGGCCAUGUGCAACAGGGGUACACUCCAUCGGCUGCUGACCGUGUAAGUGCCGUACAAUUUUCAUUAAAGGCUAUCGAGUUUAUUGAGCAAUACAACCGUUGUGUUGAGCAUGCUGAAAUCAUAAUGGAUAAAGAAGAAGGGGACGAGGAUAACGAAGACGAAGACGAUUAUGAUAUCGAUUUCAGUCCUAAGCAUUCGCAGGUUGUCAUUGGUAUUCAAGGAGCAUCCUUACAAUUUACCAGUGUGAAGAAGCUUUAUGAUUUUGAGGCCGAUGUUAAAUUGAGAAAAGGUAAGACGGUUCAUUGGCAGAAUAUAAUUGAAGUGGAGGAUAUGUUGAGUGGAAAAUCUUUGUUGAAGCGAAAUGAGCGUGGAUAA